AUGGAUAAAUUAAUCAAUUUCGGUAAGAAGACAAAAGAAAUUUCUAAGCAAGCUGGCGAAAGCAUUGUUAAAGCCGGCGAGAAAGUCAAGAAGGCAUCAAAGCAAUUAAUCCGUCGUUCCCUUGCAGAUGCAGUAAGAGAUUACAUUGCUUCUACACUCAACAACACAGUUGAGGAAUUCAUUUCAGAAUUAGUGGCCGAAAUCCAAGAAAACGCCAAAGAAUUCAAGGACGAAGACAAAGGACCACUUGUUCAACAGGUUAUCUUCCUCAAUCUCUUAGGCUAUGAUACCGCUUGGGCUGAUUUCAUGAUUCUUGAAGUCCUCUCUUCUAAUGAUUACUCUCUCAAGAGGCUUUGCUACACAGCUGCCGGUUUCCUUUGGAAUUCCAACUCCGACGUCGUUCUCAUGGCCACAAACAGAGUCAGAAAGGAUCUUACAACAAACAAUCCUUUAUUUACAACUCUUGUUUUAAGCAGUAUCCCAUCAUAUCUUUCAAUUCCAAUUUCCCAGCAUGUAGCCAAUGAUGUUGUAUCGUUCAUGUCAUCCGCAAGAGCUGACAUCCGCCAGAAGGCAAUUGCCAACUUCUACAACAUUUGCGUUGUUUAUCCAGACGCAUUAAGAACAGGAUUCCCAGCUCUCAAGGCCCGCCUUGAUGAUUCAGAGCCAUCUGUUUUAUUCGCAACAUUGAACGUAAUGACAGAAUUCUGCCGCCAUAAUCCACAGAAUUUCACAUCUCUCAUUCCAAAGCUCUACAAGAUGCUUGAAGCUCCAGCCAGCAACUGGAUCUGCCUCAAACUCAUUAUCCUCCUCCGCAUGCUCUGCGAAGUCGAACCACGCCUUCCAAAGAAGUUAAUUCCAACAUUUACAACAUUACUCGAGACAACAGGCUCUGCAACAGUUCUCUUCGAAUUAGUCAGAACAAUCAUCGAAGUUCCAAUUACAAAUACCGUUCUUCUUACAUAUGCCACCGAAAGAAUGAAGAAUUUCAUCGACAACUCCGAUGCAAACCUUCGUUUCCUUUGCCUCAAGCUCUUCAUCAAGCUCAUGGAGAUCCAGCCAAAGCUUGUUGCCCAAAACAAGGAGAUCAUCUCAAAUUGCCUCGACUCCAGCGAUGAAGCAACACGUUUACUCGCUCUCGACCUCUUAAUGGCACUCGCCAACUCCAAGACUAUCGACGGUAUCGUUGCCAAAAUGUUCCUUCACUUCAAGGAAUCAAUAUCUGUCAGUUUUAAGAAUACAUGCAUUACACGCAUCAUUGAAGUCUGUUCCAAGAACGAUUACGCAGUUAUUUCGGACUUCAACUGGUACAUACAAGUUAUUGGUGACUUCCUUGACGAAGGCGGCUUCACAUGCUUCGAUAUCAUUUCCAACCAAUUCAUGGAUUUGGCUACACGUGUUCCAGCAACACGCGAAUCACUUGUUGAAAUGAUGGGAAAGAUCUUGAGCAUGAGGAAUUACAGAGAUGCAACGAAACUCCUUCUCACAGCUCUUUACAUCAUUGGUGAGUAUUCGGAGAAUUCCAAGCCACUUCCUUUGAUCAUUACUGAGAACAUUUUGUUCUGUGAUGAACGUGUACAAGUCAGCGCAUUGUCAACAGCUUUCAAGUUGUAUAUCAGAUGCGAUAGUGAAGAAUCUUUCAAACAAGCAGAGAGUUUGUUCGCUGAAAGAUUACCUGAUUUCCAGACAGGAAUAUACGCUGAAGUACAAGAUUUAGCUGUUACAACAAUGCAGUUAAUUGACACGUUCAAGGACAUGAGAGAUUCAGAAGAGUUCAAGGAGAUCAAGGACAAGUUGACAGCUGAAUACGAUGAAGACUCACUUCCUCCUCUUGAAGUUCCUGAAGAAAUCAAUGGCGAUGUCGAAUUGAACUUCAACGUUGAUGAUGAUGACGACGACUUCUUGGCUGAAGAUCAGGAUGGACCAGUUGAUCCUCUUGUCGCAGCAACAGCUGAAGAGCUCAAGAAGAAAGAAGGAAAGAAGAAAUCAUCAGAUAAGAAAGGAAAGGAUGAUGAAACAAAGCCAAAGAUCAAAGUAAGGAAACAGAACAAGAACACUGACAGAGGAAACAUCGUAAUCAAGGCUGCAAAGAAACCUUUGUUCGGUCAACAACCUGAAAAGAAGGCAAAUCCUCUCGCUGAUGCUUUCGCAAACAUAAACUUAAACGAACCUGCUCAACAACAAGCUCCACAACAACAGUCUCAGCCAAAACAAAAAGAAACAAAGAAGACAGAAGAGAAACAACAGCCAGAAGAGAAGAAACCAGCUGAGAAGAAGAAAGUUAAGGGAGUAAUCAAGGCAGGAAGAAAGAAAAUCCACAAAACAGAAGAACCAAACAGACCACCACUGAAACAGUAA